UUUUUUUUUCUCAUUACACGUCUGUGGACUGGACUGACAGAAGGAAGGGAUCUCUCCUAUACAAUGCUCCGUUCACUCUCAAAAUGCAACACCGUUGUUGCUGCACUAGCGCAACGUCAAGUUACAGCCUCUAAUAGAUUGCCGGUCGUUGCUGGAUUCCACAGUUCAUCAAAGAUCUACAAUAACAAUGACAGAAGCAAUAGCAGUAGCGGCAAUAGGAGCAGCAACAGUUUUUCAGAUCUUCUUGCUACCUUACGCUCAAGCGAUAACAGUAAUAAUAGUAGUAGCAGUGCCAGUAGUAGUAGCAGUGACAACACUAGGACCAGCAGUUUGUUUGGCAGCAACCGAGGCAAUAACAGUCCACUCUCCUCGGCCACAAGCGGUCGUUCCGGCAUGUCAUUCUUUGGAGUGUCAACAGACAAGGCCAACACGACAUCGAACCCAAUUCAUUUUGAUAUGAACCAUCCAACGGAAGGACGUUCUUUUAUAGUGAAUAGCCCCACAGCCGUUGAUCUGACUUACAGAAGGUUGCGUACAGCCUUGAAUCAAUCCAACAUUAAACGGGAGCUUCGUCUGAAGAGGAAUUACGAGAGUGGACAUACAAGGAUGAGACGUGAGAAACAAGAACGGAACCGAAAGCUGUUUGGUGCCAUGGUCCGAAAGAAGAUCGAACUGAUUAAGUUGAUGAAAAUUCGUGGCAUGUAAAAAAAAUGCUUGAAUGCACUACAAAAGCAUCAAUUGGCGGAAUGAAGACAUAUAUAUAUUUUAGAAUCAAUAAAGUCAACAUUUGGGAAAUAAAAAAUCUAUUUUGGAAGCAGCACC